AUGCAGACAUCCAAGGAAUUUCAACCGCUAGUGAAGGUACCAUUGUUGGAUUCAAGUAACUAUGGUUACUGGAAGGUGAAAGUCAUGAAUCUGAUUAGAGGUCUUGAUGAAGAUGCGUGGAGGGCUGUAGAAGAAGGAUGGGAUUUUCCGAAAGUCAUUGGAGAUGAUGGGACAGAAGUUAUCAAGCCCGGUUCUCAGUGGACCCUCACUGAGAAAAAGGCGUCAGCACUCAAUGCAAAAGCUCUGACUAUAAUCUUCAACACUGUCGAUUCAGAUGAGUUUAAGCAAAUUCAGGGGUGCAAAACUGCAAAAGAAGCAUGGAACACGCUGGAGUUGAUUCAUGAAGGAACAAAAAACGUGAAACGCACUAGAAGAGACAUGUUAAAGGCGCAGUUCAAUCAACUCAGAAUGGAAGAGUAUGAGACUGUCAAAGAAUUCAGUGGUAAACUGAGUGCUAUGGCGAAUGAGGCAUGGGCACUUGGCACAGCAUACUCUGACAAAAAACUAGUGAAGAAACUUCUUGCGAGUUUACCCAUCAGGUUCUUAUCUCAGAAAACCUCUUUUCAGACUUUUUAUGAUACUGAUACAGUUAGCUUCAAAGAAACUGUAGGGGUGUUCGCGACACAUGAAUUGGAACUGAGUAUGUAUGAGACUUCGUCAGGAACAUCUCGUAAACAGCCAGUUGCAUUUCAUGUUCCAGAAUCUGAACCCAGAAAUAAGCUUGAGGAAGACAUGUCUCUAAUUGUCAAAAAGAUGAACAAGUUCUUCAAACGAAGACCUAGCACCGUACAACGAACAGAAGGAAAAUCGAGUGGAAAGUGUAUGGAGUGCAAAGGGUAUGGACAUUGGAAAGAUGAAUGUCCAUCAAUCAUUAAAAGAGAAGCAAUGAUCAAAACCCUGAAAGAAGUACAAUGUUAUGAGUGCAAGGGUUUUGGACACACCAAGAAUGAGUGCAUAACCUCGGUGAAAGGGAAAUCAUUAAUUAAUCAUGAAGAUUCAGAAUCAGAGUCAGAAGAUGAUGAGGAAGCCCUGAACAACUAUGUGGCAUUUAUCGGAAUAAUCGAUGAGAAUGAUGUCAUGAUGACAGAAGACCUGGAGGCUGAUCUGAAGAUUGAUGAAGUUUAUGAUGACUUGAUGAAGAUGUAUGACAUCAACAUGAAGCUUGUUAAGGAGAAGAAUAGACUUGAGUCAGAACUCAAGGAAACUCAGAAGAAACUGGAGCAGCAGAUUGAAGAAACGACAAAUGCAAAAUGUCAACUUGAAGAGACAAAGAAGAAUCUGCAUAUGCUUGGAAAUGGGACAAAGAAACUGGAUUUCAUUCUAAGUCAAGGAAGACAAAGCUCAAACCACACUGGGUUAGGGUACACUGGAGAGGCAAGCAAAACUGACAGGAAGUUUGUAUCUGGAGAACAACUUUCUGAUGAGCUACAACAAUGCCCAAAGCUAGCUGAGGAACUGCUAUCUUUAUCGCUUCAGGUCAGGCAUAUGACAGAAAAUCAUGAGAUUCUCUCAAACUUCGUUCAAAACGCAAAAGGAGGAAGUGUAACCUUUGGCGAUGGAAAAAAGGGAAAGAUCUUAAGUAAGGGGACACUGAAUGUCAGUGGACUUCCAAAACUGAAGGAUGUGAAAGUUGUACAAGGGUUGAGAGCAAAUUUGAUCAGUAUUAGUCAAUUGUGUGACGAUGGGAUGAAGGGAGAAAAGACCCCAAAUAAUUGCUAUACCUGGAUGGAUGAGAAUAUCAAGGAACACCAGUGCUUCAAAGCAACAGAUGCCGCUCGAGGUCUUUCAGAGUUAUCUCAACAUGUUAAGCAAGUCAGGGCUCAAGGAAUCCGUACAUCACAAAUCUUGGAACAAAUUAGAUCAAUCCAGAUUGGGAACAUCAGUAGAAAAAGGUACGUACAUGUUUGCAUUGAUGAUUUCUCACAGUUUUCCCCCAGGAACGUUUGA